UAUUGUCAUUUGAGUAAAACAUGUAAUAUUAGUAUUACCCACCAUUUACUAUGGAAAUAUUCAAAAAUUAUAAAUUAUUCAAGUUAAUUAACAUUUAAAAUAAGUUGCGAAAUCGCUGCAAAAGAGUAUGAUGGCAUUCCGAACUUCAUUGUUAGCCACAAAAUACAGUACACUUGUAACGCGAUUCGCAUCAUCAAAAAAUUUACCAUUUACUAAAACAAACCUAUAUUUAAAGUGUACUUCUCAUAUUUCACAAUGUCAACAGUUAUUUUCCCGAUCUCUUUCAUCUAUGCAGCAAGAAUCUCUAAAUUUUCGUCAGUUGGGACCUAAAAAUCAUUUUAACAAAGACUGUAAUAUAUUAGAUGUUUCAAAGCCACAAUAUAACAUUUUGAAGACCAUUUGUAGGUCUCAUGUUUUCAAAUCUAAUGAAAACAUACCAAAGAAGAACAAAAGGCGUAUUCCCAAAUUAAUAUUAUUACAAAAUCCGUUCAAAUGGAUUUUGAAUAAAAUAGACUUCACUGUUUUAAGACGAGCUUGGGAUCCGACUUUUCGGGAAAAAGAAUUCAAACUUGGUACAAAGCAGGCAAUCUCUCGGGUAACGCAAAUAAUAAGUGAUGGCCAAUUAAAAGACCUCAAUGGGUUGUUGACGAAGCCGGCACGCCUAAGUUUACUGAGAGAGCUUGAGAGAAACUGGAGCGACAAACAGAGAUCGCUGCUGGCAUUGAAAAACGAAGAUAUUCAGAUAACGUCACCAAGGAAAGUUUAUUUCAUUCGUAUCGCUGAUAAAAGGUUUUGUGACAUAGACAUGGCGUUUCUAGCGCUGAAAUGGGCACCAAUACAUAGAAAUGAAGCCGAAUCACUAAUAUUCACAGAAAUAUUUGCAAGAUUUCAUCGAGAGUAUACACCGAAUUGCAUUCCUGAAUGGACAAUCGCAUAUUUCAAAGUAACUCGUUUUGAAGUUUUACGAAGGUGACAAUAAAAUGAAAAACUCUCAA